UCUCAUCCGGCAAGCUAUAUAAUUCAUGGAGAAGGCCUCAAAUCAAAAGCAAACAGGACCAAGCUACGACAGCCGUCUCCCGACGAAAUCGCGCCGACACCCAAACGAUCCCGGUUCGCUUCCCUAGCUGCCUCGCCGCUCGCCGCCGGGAUGUUUCUCGUGGAUUGGUUCUUCGACGCUCUGGCGUAUCUGGGGAUGUGGCAGAAGGAUGCCAAGAUCCUCUUCCUAGGCCUCGACAACGCCGGCAAGACCACCCUCCUCCAGAUGCUCAAGGACGAGAGACUGGCGCAGCACCAGCCGACGCAGCAUCCGACGUCCGAGGAGCUGAGCAUCGGGAAGAUCAGGUUCAAGGCGUUCGACCUCGGCGGUCACGCGCUCGCGCGCCGUGUCUGGAAGGACUACUUCGCCAAGGUCGACGCCGUCGUGUACCUAGUGGACGCUGCCGAUCGGGAGCGGUUCAACGAGACGAAGCAGGAGCUGGACUCGCUCCUCUCGGCCGAGGCGCUUUUCGGCGUGCCGUUCCUCGUGCUGGGCAACAAGAUCGACAUCGCAAACGCAUUAUCUGAGCACGAAUUACGCUACUACCUCGGGCUGGAGUACUACACCACCGGCAAGGGCAACGUCGAUCUCUCCCACAACGGCAUGCGGCCCCUAGAGAUCUUCAUGUGCAGCGUGGUCCGGAAGAUGGGCUACGGCGAGGGCUUCAGAUGGAUGUCUUUGACGAACUAGCAGGAGCUCUGCUUUGCAUUAAGUAGAGAAACGGGGUUACACUGUCCAGAACACUAGAUACAGACAUACAUACAGUGGUGGACCUCAAAGAAAAAUAAAAAUAUAAAGAAAAGCCGAAACGCUACAGUUUGUUUGCUACCAGGAACAAAACAAAAUCA